AGCCAUGCGUCGCCGUUCGAGCACAAGCCGGCGCAGGUCUUCGAUGACGCUGAGCGGGUGCCCUGGCGAGUGGAGCUCGAGCUCUUCAGGGCGCAGCUACGCAGACACCUCGGGCUCGACCGAGGAGCCAGCAGAGCCGCGCAGCGAGGUUCAAAGCUACCUGAAUGCUUCGUUCAGCCUGGCGCCCGAAUUAGCCGGAGCGAUGCUGCAGUUUCCCGUGGACCUGUACCUCCUGAUGCGCAAGAAGGGUCCGGCGAGCAACGUGCUGCUGUCUCCCUGGUACCUGGCCUGCAUGAUGGUGACCGCGUACCACGGCUCGUCCGGAGCCACUCGGUGGGAGAUUGCACGCGCACUCCACACGGAUGACGAUGGCACCAUCGUGGCGCGGCUGGACGAACAUGCUAGCCGCCUUCUCAGCCGCAACUACCGCAGGCCACGGCAUACCCACUUGGGUACGAGCGAGCACAAAUCGAACCACACCUGUCGGGGGCAUGAGACGGGCAAGAGUCGUGAGCCUGGCCACAUUGCUGUUUCUCUUACAGCUCUUAGAGCUGCAGAUAGCCUUCAGAAUUUCAUAUUCUUGUCUCGUUGGAACAGCUGGCUCCUUCAUGUGAUAUUAUCGAAAGGUUGA